ACUUUUCUUUAAAGCAGGUGAGUAGCUUUCGUUAUUAGAAUGCAUUCUUUCCUACUAAGUUUUGUUUGAAUUGGUUGAGAGAGGUUAACAAACGCUGUUCGAUUAUCUCUGGUCAACAACCAAAAUCGAUUCGUUCCAAUUUAAUGUGUAUUUGAAAGAUACAGCGACAUCAAGAAGCUUUUACCAACCAGAACAUUAUUUUUUGAUUAUUUUUUCAAAACAAAUUCGCUUUCAGCUUUUUUGCUUUUUUUAAUACACGCGUAGAUCAACAAGAAUACAUGAAGCGUAUAAACCAGUCCACUCCUCUCCUCGUGAGUAAGGGAUGCCGUAUGAAGAUUCGGACCUAAAUAUAAAAUUUGUUUCGUUUGCAUUUUCUAUUCUUCGAUAGAGAUACACGUCUGUUCUAUGUACAGUGUACAUAGAACAGAAUAAGAUAAAAAGAAAAGAAAAGUGUCAUCAAACAGAACACAAGUCGCAGUAAGGUGCUCCAAAUUCAAAAUGAUAAUACUAUUUUAUUUUUGGCUUAAUCAUACACCAUUCGAUAGAGAAUUUUACGCUGAUCAAGAUUAUCUGGUUUUUAAGCUUCCCAGUUCACAUUAUCAGUGGAAAAAAUUCAAAAAACUUGACGAAUCUCUUUUUUAGAAAACCACUAACUUUUUUUAAAAACUGAAUAACUUGGUUCAACCUCAUAUCGAAGCCGUGAAACUAUGUUUUUGCUGGUCGAUGCGUGUUCACAAAAGUCGAGUAGUUUUAAGGCGGCAGAUUUAGUAACUGUCGUUUGGACAUACGACGUUGGGGUGGAAGACAUGAGGCCAAUAGCAAUCAUUCUUAUUUUGAAGACCACGAACGCGUCGAUGUUAUUACUCACCGGAAAGAAUUCAUUCAGCAUUUUUUAUCAAGAAAAGCUGAAUAUUAUACUAUAACAAAUGAUGAAUCUCCCAAAUGGAUUAUACCCACUACACCACACCGUACCAUUCUUAUUUGUCACGACGAAAGCAUUUUUCGUAGCGGUGAAAUUAGCCCACAUCGAUGGAUUAUCGACGACAAUGCACCAUUCUUCAGUAAAGGACGAGGUUGUAGUCACAUGUUAAGUGAUUUUUCAGUAUUACAUCCAUCCUCAUCUUUCUUUCGUUUAAAUCAAGAAGAAUGGAAUGAAGCAACAAGGAAAUAUCCAGAACUAUUACAAGAUAGUGAUAUUACAUAUGAAAAGCAUUCAGCAUCAGCAGCAACUAACAUAGGUGGUGAUCUGUAUAUGGAUAAUUCAUCAGUUUUGGAACAAUUUGAGAGAUUUUUUAAAUUACUUCAAUUCAAAAAGGAAUUCAAAGAUCAUUGGUUUGAGGUUUUCGUGGAUACCGCGAGAACACACACCAAAAGACAGUAUAGCCUUCAUGACUUUGGUAAAAGUCCAGGCACCCGUUGUCCAGUACCAACAAUUGAAUUCAUUGACGACAAUAAUGUGAAACAAACUGUAAAUUGUUAUUUUACUUCUGGAAAUUUAAAAGGACAGUCAAAAGGACUUUUAAAUAUUGCAUUGGAUCUUGGUAUACGUGUGCCUGUGACUUGA